AUGGAGAAGUUAUCGACGUACGGUCCAGAUAAUAAAAAAGACAAAAAGAUUUUGGAGGAACUCAAUAGUUUGAUGAUAAGUAUUGCAAAUGAAGUUCUUCUCUGCAGACCAACAUCUAUUUAUCAUUUUGUCGCCAGGACGCUUGAAUCGCAGCUGGACAGGAGAACGUUAUGGGAGAUGCAGUUUGAUAAUGAAACCAGUGUUUACCCUGAAACGACUGGCAUGAAACAUAAAGAAACCAAAAACAUGAACCCCAACAUGUUUUCGAGAAAGACGUUUUUUGAAUCUAAACUUAAAAAAUCUCAUAAAUUCUAUGCUAGGGACAGCUAUCUAUCUCAUUUAGCCAUGAAAAAGUUGGAACAAGAGGAAGUUCAUAGUAAAAAAUUGAAUAUAACCAAAUUAGAUUUGUUGGAUAAUGAUAAUAAGCCAAACUAUCUGACAAUGAAUGGAUAUGAAAUAAAACCACAAACAUUACCCUAUCAAAAGUCUUCAGACAAUUCAGUUAAAUUUGUUAAAUUUAAUUACAUACCAAGUCAUGAUUGCAAACUAGAAGAUGGUGUAUAUAAAAAAGUCCUGUCAUCCAUGAAUUUGUUGAUUGAAAUUGCCAAAAACAAUAAAUCAACAAAAUCUGGUUUCAAAUUGUACCACCUGCUGAAAGAAACUAACAUGACUCUCCAAUAUGAUGCAAGUAAUGGUGGAGUUAUAUCAGCCAACUGCUUGAAACCUUCCAUUUUUAAGAAGCUGCAGUCUGACUCAAAGGCAAGAGUUAAAUUCAAAAAUGGGGAAGAUGUUCAGUCUAAAGAUAAAGAAAUAAAAAGAGAUAAUUUCUCAAAGCUUGAAGGAAAUGAAGAAAAUAACAGCAUGUUGAGUGAAAAGAGAUCAGAAAUGGAUAGCCUUGAUGGAAUGUUAACUAAAAAUAAUUUCAUGUCUGCUAGGAAUUCUUUAGUUUCAUUGAAUGGUGGUAAUACUAGUUCAAUGAGCAUCACAUCCGAGUUUGAGUAUAACAAAAAAGUCAUCAGCUCCAGCAAUGAAUGUUUAACGUCAUUCAACAGCAAAAUGAGAAUCAAUCACACCCCCACCAAAAUUGGAGUUGCCUGCCAAACAGCUGAAAACAGAGGUUCUAAAACUUGCCACUGUGGAGUUACAUCAGUGAAGAUGGACAAGGACAAUGAAGGCGACAGAACAUUCGAAGAUAGCGAAAAGAGAUUUGUAUCAAAUGCUAGUUGGAGAGUCAAUGAUGGUGAAACAAGAUCGGAUAAAAAUUCCAACUCAGCUGUUGAGGGAACAACGAGUAGGUCAUUUAUUACUGAUCAAACAGCAGAUGAAACUUCAUUGUACCGUUACAUCCCACUCACUCAUUCUCCAGAGCAGUUUGAUUUUUUAAAAUUAGACAAAAGCCAUGAAAUAUCAUGCAAUAAAUACCCACAUGUCUUUCAACCGGUGCGCAAUAAAUUGAACUGCAAAAAAGAUUUUAUGGGUUCUAAAUCAGAAUCUAAAUUAGUUAAACAGAAUUGGUUUGACUAUCAAAUACGAAAUCUUGUACACUCAUCAUCAGCUCAGACAUUAGGUUCUAAUAAUAAUAAAAAUUUUGAUUCUUUCAGUUGUAAAGAAAAGUUUGAAUCUAAAAUGGAUUUGUUAAAGGCAGUUGAUCAGUUAUCCAGCAAUCCUUCAUUGGAUCAUCACGUUGUCAAGUUCAACAGUGAAGGUGCCCUGAGCCAAGAAAAUUCAAAAUUUAACAAUCAUUUGUUUUCAAACUUUUUUGGCAAGGAAAAUGAAAACUUGAACAGUGGGGAGUACAAUUCAGAAGGCCAGACAGUUGCCUCUAAAAACAUUUCUAACUCAGAAAACAAUGAACUGAACACAGUUUCUGAAACAGUGACCACAAGAUAUCCAUGGCCAUCUAUCUAUUAUCAAACAACUUGGAUUGACGAAAGUUACUGUUCGCUAGUUGCCGCCAGUGACAAUCCCUUCUUCAAUGAAAAGUUUUCAGUGCAAAGUUCGAUUGAUGCCCAAUCAGGAAUCAGUAAGGACUGGAUAAAUAUAGAUGAAGAUGAGAUAAAUGGAGCAGGUUGGAGUGGUAACAAUAAUCAAACGCCGCCGGCUGGAGCAAUGACUGCUGCUGAUGCAACUACUGUUGAUUUGGAGGAGACCUCCAAGCAGAAUGAUAUAACAAGACAUCAUAAAUCAGUUGUAACCACAACAGGCUCACUCAACUUGUUCAGGAAACUUAUGAGAGAAUUUGAAAAAACACCAGACGUUUUGGAUAAUGGAAGCGACUACAUCAAGGAAAAACUCAGCACAAAAACAUUCAAUCCAGACAAAUAUUCAUCUGAACCACCUGGCAGAUCAAGAGUGAGAGGAUUGAUUAAAAUAUUUGACAAAACACCAGAAAAAGAAACCCUUCCACUUUCUCUAAGAAAAUCACACAGAAGCUUUCAGAAGAUAGAAACUGAAGCUAAAUCAAGUGAAGAGUACAAAGAUGAUAAUUUUGAAGAUGAGACCAACGUACUAAAUGUCUGGACCUCCCAAGUAAUAUUCGAUUCUGAACAGUCAGCACAUGAAAACGAAACAGAUGGCGAUAUUUUCAAUUGCCAUGUUGAGGAUGUGACCGCUGUUAAUGGUACAAUAGAAAUUCACAAUAAUUUUUCUGAUGACUUGAAAACUCCAAAAACCCAGCAACACCAAGAGAAUCCAAAAGAUGCGUUGAAAUUAAAAAGCGAGACUGACAAGAACAUCGAAAGAUUAAGCAGCCCUAAAUUAGAAGAAAGUGAAGUUUAA